AUGCGGGCCUUCGUGAGCGUCCACUUUGGCCUCGAUCGCGUGCACCUUGGCGACUCGCACGCGUCGUCGUCCUCGACGCACCGCUCGCUCGCUUCGCUCCUCGUCGUCGUCCUCCUCGCGUGCCUCGGGACGCUCAACAACACGCUCGUUCGCCUCGCUCGUCUCGUCCGGCCCAGACGACGCCGCCGCAGCAACGCUCGACUCGGCCCUCGCCUCCCGCACGACCUCGUCCCGCACAUCCUGCUCGAUUGGUCCGCCUCGUCGAGCGACCCUGUCGACGUCUACCUCGAGCGCGCCCAGUUCUACCGCGCGUGCGCGCUCGUCCAAUCGAGCUGGACCGCCCUCGCUCAGGCGCUGCUCGCUCGCGACCUCGCCGUGCGCGACCCUCAGCACCCGGUCCUGCGCCAUGACUGCCCGCUCGACUCGUCGCGCGUCUGGCGCAUCACGUUCGCCCCGCGCCCGAGGUUCGCCGGCUCGGCGUACGGCAUGACGGCGUGCCUGCGCCUCUUCACGCCCCAGUGCCACGCCCUCACCUCGCUCGCCAUCCUCGACGCCGACCUGAUCGAGCUCGCCGACCUCGGCAGCGCGUCGAACCUCGUCGAGCUCCACGUGUUCCGGACCCGCAUCGGCCGCUCAACGUCGACGCCGACGCCGCCAUUUAAGCUCGUGCACCUCAGGACGCUCACGCUCGACGAGGUCGGCUUCACCACGUUCCGCCCGUCGUACGCCGCCCUGCUCGACCCGGUCGCCCUCCCCUCGCUCGUCACGCUCUCGAUGCGCCACUGCGACCUCGUGUGGACCGUCUUUCCCAAGCCGCGCACGUUCGUCAACGUGUCGACGUUCCGGUUCACGCACCCGGGCGCGUUCCCCGUGACGCACCUCGCCCAGAUGCGGUUCCCGGCCCUCGAGCACCUCGUGCUGUGCCCGACCGCCCUGCGCGACGUCCUCUCGCGCGCCUCGUCGUCGCCCGACGAGGCCGAUGCCGCCCUCGCGCUCGUCGCGCAGGCGACGCACCUCCGCCUCGUCGACAGCGUCGACUCGCGCGCGCCGCCCGCAUCACCGACCUUCCCGCUCCCGCGCCUCACGACGCAGCACGGCCUCGUCCUCCCGUCGCCCUGCACGGGCUCGCGCACCGUCUCGGUCCCGCUCCCCGAGCGCGUCCUCGGCCCGGCAGCAGCGGCGCACCGCCUGUCGGCGACCGUCCAGUGGACCUGGGCCGAGCCACGCCGCCUGGCGCACGCCGUCCGGGCGCACGUCGCGCUCGUCGAGUUGCUCAACGGCGCCCUCGUCGCGCGCGAGCUCCUCUCGCACGAGCGCGACGGCGCGACGCUCGAGCUGCCGUCGGCGCUGCGGUACGGCCUGCCGGGCGCGGACGCGCGCGGCGCAAAGCUGUGGAGCGGCGCGAGGGCGCGCUUGGACCGCCUGUGCCGCGACAGGGGGGUCGAGCUGGCGUUUACCGAGGUGGUCGUCGAGGAGGUCGACAAGGCGAGGGAGGUGUGGGGCGGGUGGGCGGGCUGUGCCGAGCGCUGA